CUGACCGUCUACCCAACAGGCAAGAAAUGGUUCGACUGCGCCGAGUGCCACCAGGAGCAGGAGACGCACCCCCUCCUCCAGACCUUCGAGAUGACCUUCGCCUGCAAGAAGUGCAAGAAGUGCUUCCGCAAGGAUGCCCAAGAGUUUGAGGACUGCGACGAGUACUGCCCACACUGCGAUAACCACUUCGUCAUUGACGCCAAGACCCCCAAGGCCGCCAUCUCCGUCGAGGGCGAGGACGCGCGCAAGGACAGCCGCAUGAUCAAGGACGAGCGCGUCAGGCAGCCGGAAGGACGAUCAAUAUUCGAUCUCCUGGACGACGCGGACAAGCUGGGUUGA